AUGUCCGUUAAAGUGACAAAGCACCAUCGAGUCGCGCUUGUGAUAUUCUUUUUUAUUACUGCAGUGUAUGGACAAGUGAGCUAUUCCAUUCCUGAAGAAAUGCCUAUCGGUUCCGCGGUUGGAAAUAUAGCGGAAGAUUUGGGUUUGGAUUUAAAAAGAUUGAAAUCGGGCAAAGCGCGUAUCUACACCGGAAACAGCAUGGAGUACAUUGAAAUUAAUAAAGAGAAGGGGGUGCUUUUAAUCAAAGAAAAGAUAGAUCGUGAGGUGCUUUGCGCAAAAACAACUCAUUGUGCGUUACACCUCCAAUUGAUUCUGGACAACCCAAUGGAACUGUACAGAAUAACUGUGGAAAUUACGGACUUAAAUGAUAACGCACCGGCUUUCAAGAAAAAAGAAAUGAAUUUUGAGAUUAGCGAAUCUGCUGUAAUAGGAGCGAAAUUCAUGCUGGAGAAAGCUUUCGACCCUGACGUUGGAAUAAAUGGCCUACAGAGAUACUCGCUCACACCUACAGAUCAUUUCAUUUUAAAAUUACACAGUCAGGAGGAUGGUAAUAAAAUUGUCGAGAUGUUGUUGCAAAAAAGCCUUGAUCGAGAACAACGAGAGAGCAUGUCGCUGUUGUUAACGGCUUUCGAUGGCGGCGAACCACAGAUGUCGGGCACGGUUAAGAUUCAUAUAACUGUACUAGAUGCUAAUGACAAUGCUCCUGUCUUUACUCAGAAAACAUACAGAGCCACUUUAACUGAAAAUGCACAAAAAGGGUCCAAAAUUAUUACUGUCAGUGCCUCUGAUGCCGACGAGGGUCCUAAUGGUAAGAUAAUGUAUUACAUUUCAAGUACAAUAAAUGGUGUGACGGAAGUAUUCAUAAUAGAUCAAGUAAGUGGUGGAGUCACACUAAACAGUGAGGUGGACUAUGAAAUGGCGAGCAAUUAUCAAAUUGAUAUUGAAGCAAAAGAUCAAGGAGGUCUCUCUGACUCAUGCAAGUUGAUCAUAGACAUAUUAGACAUAAAUGAUAACAAACCCACUAUUAAUAUACUUUCUAUGUCAAACUCCAUUUCAGAGGACUCUCCGAUAGACACUGUAAUUGCGAUGAUCAAUGUUAAUGAUCCUGAUUCGGGUGUAAAUGGUAAAGUAUAUUGUGCAGUCAAUGACGAUAUUCCUUUUGCCAUCACAUCUCCAUCAAGCAAUUUCUUCAACCUGCGAACACAACAUGAACUAGAUAGGGAGAAAAACGCAGAGUAUAAUAUCAGUCUAACUUGCAUUGACGAGGGAGUUCCCAGGCUUUCAGGCAAUGUAUCCCUGCGAUUACAGAUAUCAGAUGUGAAUGAUAACGCGCCGGUCUUUGAGAAAAGCUUUUAUGAGACAUGUAUCAUUGAGAACAUUACACCAGGUCAUUCUAUAUUCACGGUAAAGGCACGUGACUCAGAUUGGAACCAAAAUGCCCGUGUUUCAUAUACUCUGGAGGAGAGUACUGUUAAUGGCGUGUCCGUCUCAUCAUACGUGUCUCUUAAUGCUGACACAGGAGUAAUCAAUGCAAAGCGUUCUUUCGAUUACGAACAAUUAAAGGACUUCCAUUUUCGCGUAAAAGCACAAGACGGUGGCUCGCCUCCACUCAGCAGCAAUGUUACAGUGAAAAUCAUUAUUCAGGACCAGAACGACAACGCCCCACAGGUUCUUUACCCGAUACAAACUGGUGGCUCUGUUGUGGCUGAAAUGGUGCCUCGUUCAGCAGAUGUUGGCUAUCUUGUCACUAAAGUUGUGGCUGUUGAUGUGGACUCUGGACAGAAUGCCUGGCUCUCUUAUAAACUACAGAAAUCCACAGACAGGGCUCUGUUUGAAGUUGGAGCACAGAAUGGAGAAAUAAGAACAGUGCGUCAGGUCACUGAUACAGACGCUGUGAAACACAGGCUCACUGUUGUGGUGGAAGAUAAUGGACAACCCUCUCGUUCAGCUACAGUAACUGUCAAUGUUGCUGUUGCGGACAGUUUUCCUGAGGUUCUCUCAGAAUUCACCAACUUUAAUUAUGAUAUGAAAUACAACGAUGACCUAACUUUCUAUUUAAUUUUGGCUCUGGCUGUGGUUUCAGUACUCUUCAUUCUCUCCUUAAUAGCCAUCAUAUCAGUGAAAAUCUAUAGAUGGAGGCAGGAAAGACAGUUUUACAAAUCUGCCACAAAUCUUCCAGUUAUUCCAUACUACCCACCUGUUUACGCUGAUGGUACUUUACAGCGCGUGUAUAAUUACGAGAUGUGUGGAACGACUGAUUCGAGGAUGAGUGACAUCAAGUUCGUGAGGCCUUACAGUCAGAAUACACUGGUCAACGUGAGUCGUGCGGGAACUUUGAGGAGAGAAGAAAAAGAGGAGGACGAUGCUGAGCUCUCUUUAGAGGUGAGAAUUCUUUGUCCCCUUUUUGUUUGCUGGAUGUAA